AUGGCAUAAGUAACUCCUUCUUAAGUAAAAGCUGUUGGAUUAGUAAGUCCUUAAUGUGAACUCUAAUUGAUAUAAUAAGCUCCUCUAAAAUCUCUUGGAGCUAAAGAUUUACUUGUCAAAAUAGAAGCUGUUAGCAUAAAUCCUGCUGAUCACAUGAUUCUUAAAAGAGCUAGAAGUAAUGCUUUCACAGAGGAAAAUCCCACGAUUGUUGGUUUUGAUGCAAGUGGAGUUGUUGUUAAAGUCGGAACUGACUGUUAACUUUUUAAAGUUGGAGAUUAAGUUUUUUAUGCAGGAAGUAACUUAAGAAGCGGCUCUCAUUAGAAUUAUUAAAUUGUAGAUGAGAGAAUAGUUGGAAAAAAACCAAAAAAUUUUUCCCAUACUGAAGCUGCUGCUAUUCCUUUGGUAGCUCUCACAGCAUAUGAAGGAUUAGUUGAAGAAAUGAAAAUUGAAGAUACAAAAAAAGCUUAAAGAAACGAUAAAACUAUUCUAAUUGUUGGAUGCGCUGGAGGAGUAGGAAGCAUUACAAUUUAAAUUGCUAAAAAGGUCUUAGGUUUAAAAGUUAUUGCCACUGCAUCUAGGGAAGAGAGCAAACAAUUUUGUUUAAAAAUGGGAGCUGAUUUUGUGAUUAAUCAUAGCUAUCCAUUGGUAGAAGAGCUAAAAAAAAUUAAUAUUGAUGGAUUAGAUUAUAUCUAUAAUUGUGUGGAUAUGGGAUAGAAUUAUUUUAAUCAAUUUACAUCUUUGAUUAAACCGUUUGGCCAUAUUCUUGGUAUAGUAGGUUUUGAUGAGCAACUUGAUUUAAAGCCUCUUUUCUUUAAGAGAGCAAAAAUAACUGCUGAAUUUAUGUUUACUCGUUUCUAUGUUUAAUAUAGAACCAGAAAAACAGAAUUAAAUUCUAAAUCGCAUAAGUGA